AUGAAGUUCUCCACCUCCCUGAUUGCCCUGGUUGCUGCCGGCCUUGCCAGCGCCCAGCUUCCCGAUGUCCCCGCCUGCUCCCUGAGCUGCUUCGUCAGCGCCCUCGGUGGUGAUGGUUGCUCCGAGCUCCUCGACUUCGAGUGCCACUGCCAGAAGCCCGAGCUCGUCAGCACCAUCACCCCCUGUGUUGAGAAGGCUUGCGAGUACGAGGACCAAGUCUCCGUCUCCAACGCCGUCACUGAUCAGUGCAAGUCCGCUGGCCACCCCAUCUCCAUCCCUCCCAUCAAGAGCGAUGGCGGUGAGGAGAGCAGCACUGCUGCCCCUACCACCACCAGCGCCGCUGAGACCACCGCCAAGCCCACUGAGACUUCGGAGUCCUCCUCCGCUGUUGAGACCGGCAGCUCCUCCGCUGUUGAGACCGGCAGCUCCUCCGCUGUCGCUCCUCCCCCCGGAACCACCUCCACCGGAUCCACCUCCGUUGGCUCUUCCUCCGGCGUUGCCACCUCCACCCCUCUGGUCAGCAAGACCGGUGCUGCCCCCAGCUCCUCUUCCCCCGCCUUCAACGGCGCUGGCAGUGUCAAGGGCAACAUGGCUGGUGUUGCUGCUAUCGCCGCCGCUGCCGCUUACGUCCUGUAA